ACAUGGCGGAUAGUACCCCACUAGCUUGUCUUUUGAGUGGCUAUUACGAAUGUCGUAGACGCCCUCCAUACCUGAAAAAUUUGUACUUGUCCUCCAUGAACUGGGACUCGACAAGAUACACCGCUGAAGUCCGGUCAGUGGCUAUCGGUGUUCGGGUUCGAGUGGUGCAUACAUACCAGGGCAGUCGACUAUAA